UGAAAUAUUUACACACCCCCACCUGUUUUGUCUUCUCAAUGGUUCCUCUUUAUAUUUAAAUUUUCUUAGUGAUACCAUAUCAUUUACAAGUGUUGCAUCUUUUUCUUUAUUCCCAAUUUUUUUUCAUCCCUUAAAUGUGUCGCCAAGUGAAUGAUAAUUAAUUGUAAAAAUAAAUUAAAUAUGGAUUUAAAAUUUAGUAAAAAAAUAUUAUUUAUAUUUAUCUGUUUAAAUGUUGGUUUUGUGAAAGGAAGGCUUUCGUGUUACGAAUGUAAUAUUGAUCUUAAUGAAGGAAGAAGAGCAGAAUGCAAUGAUCCAUAUGCACCAGGACCAUCAGUGGAUCUUGUAACUUGUCCAAAUUAUGAACCUCAUAGUUGCCUCAAAGCCAUCAUAUUAUAUAAAAAUGUUCACGUGACUGUGAGAAGUUGCGUGCCAACUCGUACUCAAAAUACAUAUUGUGAUUUUCAUAAUAACUAUCCAGAGGCCUCUGUAUCAUGUUCAUUUUGUAAUGAAAAUGCUUGCAAUAAAUCAUCAAUUUUAUUAAAUAUAAAUAUUAAUUUAAUUAUCAUAGAAAUAACAUUUGUAUUAUAUUAUUUUUUUAUUAUUGUUACUUAAUUUUUAUUUAAUUGCAUAAAUAUAUUUGUAUUUAAUAUUUAUUAUUCAUUUAAAAAUAUAUAUAUUUGUUGGAACAAUAA